AUGCUACGCCCAUACCCCCCCUUCCCCCUCCUCUCGCUCCCCGCCCCCCUCAUCCAGGCGGUCGCCUCCUACCUCCCCACUUCCUCCCUCCUCUCACUCCUCCUCACCUGCAAACGCCUCCACUUCCUCGCUCAGCUCCUCGCCACCCACCGCACCCCGGCAGCCCUCCUCCUCCACGCCUCAAAGACAAACGACCUCCCCCUCGCCCUCUCCUCCAUCGCCGCCGGCGCCCCCCUCGCAACAACAACCACAACCUCCCUCCGCACCCCGCUCCACCGCGCCGCCGUCUACGGCUACGAGGACCUCCUCAAAGCCCUCCUCGACGCCGGAGCACCAAUAAACGCCGCGGACAGCUACGGCCAGACACCGCUGCACUGUGCCGCGGGCGCAGGGCAGGAGGGCGCGGUCCGUGCGCUUGUCGACCGCGGGGCUAACAUCAACAUCGUUGAUAAGGUCGGCCGCACGCCGCUGCACUGGGCCGUCAGCACGGCGGGGUGCGACGGCAUCACGCGGCUGCUGCUUGACCGUGGGGCGAUGUUUGACAUUGCGGGGCAUGGCGGGAUGACGCCACUGCUGCUCGCGGUGGGCGGCGGCGAGAUUGUGGCGGCGAAGCUGCUGGCCGAGCGGGGCGGGGACUUGGGCGGUGUUGAUGAGAAGGGGCGCGGGGUGCUGCAUGUGGCUGUUGCGGGGGCUGGCGGGGCGGCGAUGGUGGGCUGGCUACUAGAGAUGGGGGCCGAUGCGAACCGGAGGGAUGCAGAGGGGCAGACGGCGCUGAUGGGGGCUGUGGUGCGCGGGGCGGCGGAGGUUGUGGCGGUGUUGCUGGGUAGACGGGUCGACGUGGAUGCGCGCGAUAAAGCACGGAAUGAGACGGUUCUGCAUAUGGCGGUGAGGCGCGGCGAUAAGAGCGUGGUGGCCAUGCUGCUGGAGGCCGGCGUCGACAGGAAUGCGAGGAAUGUGGACAACGAGACGGCACUGCAUGUGGCGGUGGGGGCGGGUGAGUGGGCGGUGGUCCCGCUGCUGCUUGACGCGGGUAUCGAUUUGAAUGCGAGAAACAGGGAGGAGGAGACGGCGCUGCAUGUCCUGGUCGGUGCGGGAGUGGAGGGGGAGGCCGAGCUCGGGGUGGCGGACAUGUUGCUGGAGAAGGGGGUCGAUAUCGAUGCGAAGGAUUGCCGCGGGGAGAAUGUCUUGACCAUUGUGGAGAGGGAGGGCAUGAAGUCGAUGCUGGCAGCGUUUUUGGACUAUUGUAGAGGGUGA